AAUUAUUUAAAUGUGUUUCAAAUAAAAAAAAAGAAAAAAAGUGUCGAGAGAAAAAAGUUAAUAAACCAGUAAAAUGUCACUACAGCUGCUGACAAUCAUCAGCUUGGGCACGAUACUCUCAAGUCAACUCACACAAGCAGCGCCCCUCGAGUACUAUGGCGCCCGUAUUGGUCCCCUUUCGCAAUUGCAUCAUGGCGUCAGUGGCGAAGUCUUUGCCGUAGAUUCGCGCACACUGUUCAUCAAAAAUUUCAAUUAUGACGGCGAAGGUCCCGCCGCAUACUUUUACGUGGGCAAUACACGUGCCCCGAGUAACGAGGGCGCAUGGCGGUUACGUGACGAGCGCGGAAAUGCGGGCGUCAUCAAGCGCUAUCGCAACAAAGACAUUACACUUUCUUUGCCCGAGGGCAAGACGUUGCGUGAUAUCACAUGGUUUAGUGUUUGGUGCGACGAAUUUGCGGUUAACUUUGGAGAUGUUAAGAUUCCAAAAAACUUAGAUUUCCCUAGGCCACAAAAAAUCGCCGGGCUUAAGGGAAUUCACGGCGUGACUUCCGAUCCAAUUGUUCUCGUUGAUGCACAAACUUUGCUUAUUCCGAAUUUUAGUUAUGAUGGUGAAGCUCCCGAUGCCAAAUUCUGGACCGGCUAUGGCGCAAAACCCUCUCCCCAAGGCAUCCGUAUCCCCGAUGAAAAUGGCAAAACGGAUCCUUUACGAAAAUACGACAAAAAAACGAUCGUUCUUACCCUUCCCGGAGACGUUACAGUUUUCGAUAUUGGUCAUUUUGGCGUUUGGUGUGAAGCAUUUACUGUUGAUUUUGCACAUGUCAAGAUCCCCCAAAGCGCAAACGUACCGCCAUCUUUGAAAAUGUUGGGCAUCAGUCCACAGUCAAAGUUAAAUUGUGAAGUGUUGCUGGAUGAUAUUGCAUUUGAAGUUAGAUGGGCAGUUGCUGGCGAAAGCGUUGUUAUUCAAUUGGUUGCCAAACUUGAUGAAAAUGAUUACAUGUCGUUCGGUGUUUCACCCGACGUUGACAAGAGUGUGAUGAUCGGAUCUGACGUUGCAGUAGCUUGGAUUGACAAAGUAACUGGCAAAGGUUUCGCCAACGAUUAUUUCUUGGAAGCCAAGUCGCAAUGCUCGGGAAAUCGAGGAAGUUGUCCUGAUCCCGUUUUUGAGAAAAAUACGAACUCGAUUCGAUUGUUAAAUGCAGCGAUGGUUAAUGGCUUCUCAAUUGUCACGUAUCAGCGUCCCUUGAAGGCUUCGGAUCGUUUCGAUUUGCCAAUUCACACAAAUCGAUCACAAGCCAUUGUUUGGGCAAUUGGACCCUUGAAUGAUCGCACCGAGACUUCGUAUCACUCGAAAGUGCUUCGAACCACGCGAUUAAUUAACUUUGGGCGUCAACCUACGUGGAAUUGUCCCGUGCCUGAUAGCGAAAAGAAGGAUUUCGAACGCGACAUGGAUUCCGUUGAAGAAGAAGAAGAUCCCAAGCCGACAAGAUCUUUGCCGCAAAAUCAUCAACAAGAGCAACAAGGAUUGUUUGAGGUUAAACAACCGGCGAAGCCCAAACCUCGUCCUGUGGCAACUCCUCGACCUGCAGCGAAGGAAGGCGCAUGGCAAAUUCCUCCGAUUCAGUGUUACGAGCCCGAAGAUGGCGUCUUUUAUGCUCAAAUGGGACCCACGGGAGGCAAACAAGGAUAUCCAGCGAUCACGGGACAUGUUGGAUGGGGAAUUUCCAUUUAUAUCAAUGGAUUAUUGAUUCCUGAAAUUAACGUUGUACGAGGAAAAACUUACACUUUUGUCGUUGAGACAGGAAAUGAUCCAGAUAUUCCCGCCAAAUAUCAUCCGUUCUACAUUACAGACGAUCCCGUUGGAGGUUUUGAGCAUAAAACGGAUGAAGAGCGUUCGAAAAUUACCAUUUUUGCGGGAGCCAAACGUUUACGCAGCGGAGAAGUUGUUCCAACAGGAACAGGAAGACUUUGUAAUUGGGAGCCUAAUUUGGAUGGACCUCCUGCUGAUGAUUAUCCUUCGUUCGGAGCAUAUCAGAGAAGUUUGACGUUGAAAUGCGAUUCAGGCGAACCCGGAGUUAUUACAUGGACUCCUGAUGAGAACACUCCCGAUACGGUUUAUUACCAAUGUUACAGUCACAGAUACCUUGGAUGGCGUAUCAACGUUCUCGACAGCUGCGGCGAAGAAGGUCAAGCCAGCGAACAAGUCGAUCAAUAUUACGACAGAUUCGACAUCUUAGAGCCCGCUGCCUCCAUUCGACACGAAUCCAAAAUCCCUCCUUCUGAAAAUUACAUCAAAUCUGAAAUCUCCAAAGAUCACGGAAGCAACGCCUUAAAAAAUCACAACAUGAACGAAGUUCCCGCAACCGUAAACGUUGAUUUACAAAAAAAUACCGAAAUUUCCAAAAUCAUCGCCGACGGAAUUCGCGCUGCUGAAGCUUUAGAAGACAGUAUCACAAAAAAUUCGACAGUUUUACUCAACAACAAGGAAAUUUUCCGCCCCGAUUACCCUCGAGUACCUGAUUCGGGCAUGAAAUUACCUUCGCACAAGCCUCCUUACGGCCCCGCGGGAGUUCCUGUGUUCAUGCGCGGACCCCAAGGAGUCAUUAUGGUGCCCGGCAAACGUCGCCCCGUGCAAAUUGAACGUCGUCCCCUCCAAAAAAUGCCUCCACGCCCCUUUCAGGUACCGCAGCCUUCGAUGAUUGUGAGUCAUUAUGCAAAACCGAUGCCGAUGCGCUCUUUUACGAAGCAAAGUUUCAAGCAAAAACCUUUCCCGAUGCAAGGACCUGUCCUGAUGUUGGGCGAAAAAAUUGUCGCUCCCAUGGAAAUUGUGAAAUCUGCUCCAAAACCCAUCGAUUUGCCCUACGCCAUGAGUACGAAGCAAGAAAAAAAUCCCUUAAUCCAAUUUCGGCAAGAAAAACCUGUAAAACAUGAAAAAAUCGCGAUGAUUCCAAAACCGGAAAAACCCAUAGCGCAAAAAGUGCUUUACAAACCCCCAUUUGAGAUGAAAAAAUCCCGCCCCCAUCAAGAAGGUUUCAAACCAGAUUCAGUCGUUAUUGAAUCAGGCUUCAAACCGAUCGUGCGACGUCGUGACGAAACAACUCGCGAAGACGAAGACGAGUAUGAACGAGCCCCAAUGUUCGCCCGACGUGAUUCCCGCCCCCGCAGCAGUUCCUCGGCGCACGAACGUGACAUGGAAAUUGACGAUGCGAUCGAAAGUGAAGGCGUUUACAUUGCCACACAGAAUCAGAACAAACAAUUCGAGCCAAUGUUCAAACCCUCCCCCCUCGAAAGUGUCGUCGAAAAAAAAGCCCCCGCCGAAAAGCUGAGCGGCGAUUUGCGCGAAAUGAAUGUCGAGGAGGGGGAAGAUAAAAUGGCGAUGGCUGCCGAGCGUUUCGACUCAUUUUAUCUUCCGCCUCAGGGAUUUCCCGAGGGAUCUGUCGUCACGUUCGACGGAAAAGCCGUGCUCGAUACGGCAUUAGUGAACGCCGCCCCUUCCAACGAAGUUCAACGACGCAGCGAUCAAGGUUUGUCUCGCAUUGAGCUUCUGAUUCGCGAUAAACCGCAAUUUGGUCCGUUUCGCGGCGAAAUUCCCCCAUUGAGUCCUGAACUUUUUUCACCUGAAUCUGGCGCCCCGAUCUUUAACAAUGCGAAAAAUAAGCGACCCGUAUCGGAAUAUAUCAAUCCAAUCACGAACGGGCAACGCACUGACGAGAAACCAAUUUCGACGAAAUUGACAAUUGUUCGUCCGGAGCCUCAAACACCUGUGGAAGAGGCAAGAAAUCGAACUCGUCGUGCGGCGCAUCAUCAUCCGGAUCAUCAUGGAACAGGAGAUGACCACGACCAUCAUGAGCAUAAUUAUACAAGUUCUGUUGCUAAAUCCCACCCCGAAAUUUUCACUUCGAUCUUUUGCGCGAUAAUUGUGAUCUUUGGAAGACAUUAA